UAUAUGUACACGUAAUUUAUAUUUAAAGUGUGUUGUAGAAUGAAACCAAGCAAUAAAGCAGAAAAUUGGGUUUAUUGAAAGCUUUACCGGACGUUUUAGCAGAUACGCAAGUCCGUUUAGUCUACGUUGAUAUACCAAUUCUGAAUAUUUUGCAUGGAUAUAUUUCUUGUUUCUUUAAUCAAAAAUAUGAAUUAGAAAAAUGAAAUUUCUUUGUAAUAAAAUACAAUGAUGAUUUCUCUUGUUCAUUUACUUAAAUAAACUGAUAGAAUCUUUUUUUCCCUGUCAAACCAACUUUUGUUGACUCGAGUGUUAUGAAGGACUUGAAACAAACUGUAAAAUAUUCAAAUCAUCCAUCUAGCAAUUUUCAAACAACAUUUCACGUAUCGAAUAGAAUUGCAAAAGAGUGUCCGUUUCAUACCAAAUAUUUAUCAUGCAAUUCCUACGUACAAAACAAUUCAAAGAGACAUACUGAAGCGGAGUCACGAGGAAUGUUGCGUCAUUGGAAUAUUGUGCAGAAUAAAUUAUGUUAUAAUUCAAGACCUUUUAGGAAAAUGUCGGAAGAUGUACUAACAUCGUAUUGUGAACUCCUGAAUGUCUUUGAACUAAAUUGGACUAUAGUUGAACCGCUUUGUGUCCCUCCGUGUGCCGAUUUUAUACCAUCCACAAAAAUAAUGCAUCCACGAAAAUCUACUUACUUAAACAGUUUACCUUUGUGCUUUGUAAACAUGAGUCAGGAAGUGUUUCUAUCUCAAGAGUCUGCAAUGUCGUCAGAAGAUGCCUUUUCUUUAACAUGCUCCUGUGCCAAGUCCUAUGCUUCCUCGGAGCAGUCCUUAGAAGAUAUUCUUGAUGAUAAUACCACCCAUACUUCAUACACUUUUGAAUCCAAAGUGGUAUCCAAUGUUUUGAAUCGUUCACAAGAAGAUACAUCAUUGGGUUAUUUAAAUUCAACGUUUAAUAUGCAGAAAAUUUUUUGUCAUUAUAUUUUGUUCCCUUUUGAAUUAACAUCACAACAAUGUAUCAUUGAAUUUCCAGGAAGUUACUCGGAAUCUUCCUUAAAAGUUCUUAAUUCUAACGUAAUCUCCGAUGAUGACCAGCGCAACUACUUUAAUUGUGACUCCACUAAAAGCGAUGCAACCUUGAAUCUUUUUGAAUCAAAAAUUAAGAAAGCUGACGUUUCUUUAUUAUUGCAACCUCAAACACCUUUAUUUCGCGUGGGUUCAAAAAGUAUUAUUUCUUCAAAAGAAUCAUGUACUGUUGGAACAAAUGUACCAGGACGGUCGACAGACCUUGAUGAGUAUAAAGCGGGUAUUCAAAUCAUGGCGUCCAAAAAUUUAAGCUCACCUGAAAUUUCAUAUUAUGUGUCGAAACAACUUGAUAAGUUAGAACUCACAGGAUGCUGUUAUCCAUCUAAUAUGUUAGUAAUUUUUUUACAAAUACCGUUUAACGUUAAAUAUUAUUUGCAACAAAAUGUUUAUCAACGUUCUUUUGGACCAAGUCCUUUUUAUUUAAAAGAUGUCAAGCCAAUUCCAAAAUGUAAUCGGUUUUUUUUACAAAAUAAGAAAGUUACGUGGCAUAAUAACGUGUUCGCUCGAGUUUUUCAAUGGAAAUCAAAUAAAAAACCAAUGCUUAUUCGUUCCCGUUCAUUAAAUUCUCGGGACUUACAAAAAAAAUCAAUCUCUUUAUUUGUUUUUUGUUCUGGUAAAGAUAUGAUAGCCUUUGAUUGGUUACCUUUUUUAAGCCGUUUGUAUAGUUUUUCUGUACGUGAAUAUAAAUACAAGAUGAGUUCUAUUGAACAGUUUAAUGAUACAGUAACAUUAAAAGUACCGUCUUAUUUGAAUCGUCAACAACCAUCCAAGGCAUCGGUUCAAAUCCAUUCCUUCAUAGAUAAUUCACAUUGUUCUUUACGAUUCGCGUCACUUAUUCUUGAAUAUCCAGGCUCCGGUCAGUCUUCAGGUUCUGCUUCAAUCGAAACUGUUAUGGAAUCAACUGUUAAUGGUUUAGCAAAAGCAUUAGAAGAGUUAUCCAAUCGCCUCUGUGUAUCUCAUAUUGAUAUUCGUUUUAUUGGAUAUUCUUUAGGAUCCGCUGUGGCUCUCCGUUUAGCGCAUAUUCUGAGCUUAGACAUUGCCCAGUGUAAUGAAUUGACAACAACGGUAUUGAAGUCGCCUCUUUUUAAUAAUUUAAAAAAUCCUCCUGAUAUUACGAUGAGCCGUGUUAUACUUGUAGCUCCUUUCACUUCCGUAGCUGAUUGGGCAACAAUGUAUUUGAAAAUUCCUUCUGUAUUCCAACCUAUUGCCAAAAAACUGAUUGAUCCACUUUUAAAUAUGGCAGGCAUCUCGUGGAAUAAUAGUGAAUACAUAAAACAUCUCUCUCUUAUUAUAAAACAAUAUAUCCAUAUGUUUCCAUCUUUUAAAAUUCACAUCUUUCAUGGAAAUAAGGACUCUAUGGUACCUUUUUAUAUGGGUGAAGAACUUGCGUCCCUUUCGAAACGUAUUUUUGAAACCGAUUCAACGUCCAAAUACGGUUCAUUUAACGAUGCUACGUCACUUUUCUCGCAAUGCGAAUACAAAACCGCACCGUCUACUUCACCGCGACACUGUAUGCCCGUAUGUGAACCUGUUACUCAAAUUCAGGUUUCACCUAACCCUUCUGAGGCACCAAAUUCAUUUACAGUCAAAUCUGUUUUUUUGACAUCGUUAGAGUCGUCUUGUAAUCGCUUUGUUCACUUUCAUGAAAUGAAUGUGGAUCACCACACUAUUAUGAAGGAUGCGAAAACGCAAGAGGCUAUUUUUGAUGUGUUAUUAUCAUCGUGGUGUGUUGCUUUUUCAGAUGAAAGCAAAUGAUAAAGAAACUAGGAUUAAACUGAAGAUAAAAUUAUUUUUUUUAUGCAAUUGGAAAAGAAAAAAACAAAAAUGUUUGUAGAUUCUUUUUUGAAUAAAAAUACUAGGCAUAAUGCGCGGUUGAUGAAAACAAGGAAAAAAACACGUUUAAAAAAAGUUUUUAGACUGUUUGCAGAACAUUAACAUAAACAAAUAAAAGUUUUUGGAACUUUCUGCAUAAAUAAAAUCAAACAAUUUUUCAUAAAUAAAGAAAAAAUAGAAUUGAAUUUUUUGAAACAAAGGUGUAUUUAUUAAAUAUCAAAUGCUUGUUGCUGCGUCUGUAUUAGCAUCGGAUUUCUCUUGCUUGGGUCUAGAAGCUGAAAGAAUGCUGCAAGCUGGAGCAGAUUGGCUUCAUUUAGAUAUAAUGGUAACAAUUUUUUUUUAAUAAGAUAUUUUCUUUGGAAAGAACAUUUAAAAAACGUUAAGUUUUUUUUUUGUUGUUUCUAUUGUAAAAAAUUGUUUUUCAUCAACCAAACCACUAAAAGAACGUCUAAGUGUAUUUGCUAUUUUUUCUUGUUUGCGACUGUAGGACGGGUAACAGAAGAUAAUAGAAUUCUUUAAUUAAUUUUACGUUUCCAUUUUAGUCAUUUUGUUCCCAACAUAUCCUUUGGUGCACCAGUGGUGAAAUCAUUACGAAACCAUAUUCCAAAAAAAAAAGCGUAUUUUGAUUGUCACCUUAUGGUUUCUUGUCCGUCUCAAUGGAUAUUAUCUUUCGAACAAGCUGGAGCAGAUCAGAUAACAUUUCAUUUUGAAUCUUUAGAAAAUGAUUGUACUAAAGCCAUUGAACUUGCGAAAUGUAUAAUAGACAAAAAUAUGCAUGCUGGAUUAUCCAUUUGUCCAGAGUCGUCUUUGGAAUCAUGUCUUCCCGCGUUACAAAGUGGUAAAAAUAAAAAAAAAAAAAAUUUCCUCACAUCUGCCAUAUAAAUUACCAUUUUCAACGAAGCACUUUUGUUUCUUAGGACUCUUUCAUACUUUACUCAUUAUGACAGUAAAACCUGGUUUCGGAGGUCAAAAAUUUAUGUCUGAUAUGGUUUCCAAAAUCCAAAAAGCUAGAUGUUUGUUUCCUGACUUGAUUAUUCAAGUCGAUGGAGGCAUAACUGUUCAAACCGCUAAGGUAUUGAUUUUUCAUUUUUAUCUUUUCAACAUGUAUCGAAUUUUUCGUAGAUAUGUCGGGAAGCGGGAGCGAAUUGUUUUGUUGCAGGUUUUAAAUAAAAAUAAAUAUAUUUUUUUAAUUUUUCUAUUGUUCAUUGUAGGAACCGCAUUAUACUUGGCGGAGAAUCCAUCUUGGACAAUUCAGAACUUUCGUCAAAGCUAGGUUAAAAAUAAUGUUGAUUGAUAUAUGGAAAAGAAACAAUAAUUAGUAGUCACUUUGAAUGAAAUAUCAAGGUUUUUUUUUAUUUUUAGUAAUAAGAUAGAAAAAUUUCAGAUCAUCCUGCAAGACUAAGUAUUACUUGAGAAACAUACGUUCAGAAGAAGGUUAACAUAGC